AUGAGUAAGAGUCUAAAGCCGGCUGAUCGAUACUCCCUAGUUGAGACCACACCUUUAGAAAUGAAAGGAGUCAAGGAGGGUGAAUUGGAUUGUCCAAAGAGAGGUGGGCCGCCUUGGAAAAAUCGCAAAACUCAUGGUCAAAAUAGCAAAGAAGAGUCAAAAUGGAGCAAAAAGAGUCAAAUCACCAAGUUCCCAAGUCUAGAGCACCAAAAUCUACAUUUCUCGCUAAAGACCAAACCGGAGCAUCCGAAGUACGACCGCAUAUUCAUGCCUUCCCGACGUCCAAAAGUCAUGAUUCUUAUAUGGAAAGAUAGAUAUUUGAGUCAUGACCCGCGGCGAAGUGGAAAGAGGUCAUUUGGAUCACUCGUUGGACCGGAACUUAUUUUCUACCAAGACAUGUCCGACGAGCGCCUAAGUAGAGCCCAUGGAGACUUUGAUGGAUCAAGAGGCCCGGAUACCGCGCCCAAGGCCUUGGCUCAUCUUGACACUAGCAUAACUCAAUCCAGAAGCUUCCAUUGGCCUGAACGCGGCCCAUUCAAGAACUUGGAGAGCAAGCUCAAGCGGCUAAAGAGAAAUGGAAACUUUCCUCUUCUGCGCGCGCUCAACUUUGCCGACCUAGACCCGCUCUCUACCUAUAUAUACUUGCUUUUAGCCUCUUGUAAUAAGAAUCACCAGCCGCAUAACAAGAAACACUUAUUCAAUAAAUCUAGAAGUAGAGAUUUCUCCCUAAGGGUGAGGCGUGGUUUAGUCCAUAUUCCGCCGCCUCUCUCUCUAAGGAUUCAUGAGACUUCAUCUACUAUCUAA